CGUUGUUUUGAUGACGCGCCGCGCCGCGCCGAGCCGAGUCGGGGCCCAGUCCGGGAGCUGCGGACCGCGGCCUUUCCUCAGCGCCGCCCCACGCAGCACUCUGGCCUCUUCGUCGGACUCGGAGCCCGGUGGAGCGUCUCCGCCGCCGCCCAGGAAGAAGCAGCGAGUGUCCGCCAGCGGGCCCGGGCCCCGCCGCCGCCGCACCGUCAUCGCCAUGCAGCAGGCGGCCUCCGGCUCGGCCUCGGCCCCGGCCCCGGCCCCGGCCCCGAGCACCAACGGGGCGCAGCCCGGCUCCCCGCCCGCUGCCAACGGCCUGGGCCUCGGCCUCGGCCUGGGCCUGCCGCCCGACUCGCACGCCGCCGCCGCCGCCACCGCCGCCGCCGCCGGCCGCAAGAAGAAGCGGCUGUCCCGGGCCGACGAGGACGUGAUCCGGCUGAUCGGGCAGCACCUGCGGGGCCUGGGAUUCAAGUGUACUGUCUUAUUUCACAUCACCAGUUUCAGGAACAAUUAUCGCCCCUCAACCAUCAGUCUCCUGAACUAGAGGUGGAAUAACUUCAUUCAACUUCACUUGCCCCAUCAUUGAAAUGUUCCCACAACCAAUGGACUCAUUUUCAAGGACUCUCCAUCUCAUGUUCUCGUUAUCUAUUGCUUAGUAUUAUUUCUUUGUGGCGACCCACUUUCUGCACAGGCGAACCGGCUCACAAAUAGCCAGUGCGCAGGGGGGAGACUUUGGUAAUGCACCUCUGACGUCAUUUCUGCCCGGAGAGGGCGGGUGCUAGGGAUUAAAUGCCAGCACCGCGAAGUUUGAAUAAACGAGUCUCGAAACUUAUUUCAGCGCUGUAUGUAGCUCAUCACGACGUUGGUGACCCCGACGGUCCAAACGGGAUUCAAGCAUGCCUUGUAAAAAUAGAAAAAGUUCUAUUCAAAAGGUUCAAAGGAGCAUCGAAACAAGCCUGGUGCAUUUUUGAAACAAGUCCUGUGGACUGAUGAAGUUAAAAUAGAAUGUUUUGGCUGCAAUAAGCAAAGGUAUGUCUGGAGAAAAAAGGGUGCUGAAUUUCAUGAAAAGAACACCUCUCCUACUGUUAAGCACGGGGGUGGAUCGAUUAUGCUUGUGUUGCAGCCAGUGGCAAGGGGAACAUUUCACUGGCAGAGGGAAGAAUGAAUUCAGUUAAAUACCAGCAAAUUCUGGAAGCAAACAUCAUACCGUCUGUACAAAAAGCUGAAGAUGAAAAGAGGAUGGUUUCUACAACAGGAUAAUGAUCCUAAACGCACCUCAAAAUCCACAAUGGACUAACUCAAGAGGCGCAAGCUGAAGGUUUUGACAUGGCCCUCACAGUCCCCCGACCUAAACAUCAUCGAGAGUCUGUGGAUAGACCUCAAAAGAGCAGUGCAUGCAAGAUGGCACAAGAAUUUCAGAGAACUAGAAGCCUUUUGUAAGGAAGAAUGGAUGAAAAUUCCCCCAAACAAGAAUUGAAAGACUCCUAGCUGGCUAGAGAAAGCGUUUACAAGCUGUGAUACUUGCCAAAGGGGGUGUUACUAAGUACUAACCAUGCAGGGAGCCCAAACUUUUGCUUUGGGCCCUUUUCCUUUUUUUGUUAUUUUGAAACUGUAAAUGAUGGAAAUAAAGUUUUCUUGCUUAAAGUAUUAGAGAAAUGUGUCAUCUUUAACUUUGUCUUUUGGAAAUCAGUUAAUCUUUUACUCGCUUAGCUGUUCAGAGUAACAGAAAUUUUGACUGUGGUGCCCGAACCUUUGCACGCCACUGUAUGUGUACUUGAUGAAUACAUUUACUUUGAGCUUCGAAAUAGCUUGCUAGUGGUGCUGGACGGUGUGAUCUGCUGGGCCAAAAGGGACUGUUCCACACAGUCUCUCUGAACAAACAGAAUAAUUCCGAUUCAUGUUGUUGAAGAGCUGAAUAAAUAGACUGCAGAAUGUCUGUGGACGUUGUCUGCAUGGGCUUUUGAUAAAG